UAAAAAGACACAACCUAUCAUCUCAAUUUUCAAAAAAACACACAAACAUCAUCAUGUUAACAAAUCUUUCACCUUUUUCAACAAUUAAUUACCUUCAUUACAACAACAAACCCAAAUCCCAUUUUCCACUUUUACCAUCUUCAAAUCUUGGAUGUUUAAAUGAAAAGAUUAAAUACCCUUUUGGCAAAAGUGGAAUUAAAUACCCAUAUGAAAACAAGAAAAAGUUUCAAACUUUAGCAUUAUCUGACUUUGGUUUUGGUGGGUUUGAAAGUGCACAAUCUGUAGUUGAAGCUGUGUCAGUUUUGACUGCAAUUAUAGUUGUUCAUGAAAGUGGUCAUUUUUUAGCUGCUUCACUUCAAGGAAUUCAUGUAAGUAAAUUUGCUAUUGGUUUUGGGCCUAUUUUAGCUAAAUUUAAUGCUAAUAAUGUUGAGUAUUCAUUAAGAGCAUUUCCUUUAGGUGGUUUUGUUGGUUUUCCUGAUAAUGAUCCUGAUAGUGAUAUCCCAAUUGAUGAUGUAAAUCUGUUGAAAAAUAGGCCUAUUUUGGAUAGGAUUUUUGUUAUUUCAGCUGGUGUGAUUGCCAAUAUAGUUUUUGCAUAUGUUAUUAUUUUUGCGCAAAUUGUAUUUGUUGGAUUGCCUGUACAAGAAUCUUUCCCUGGUGUGAUUGUACCCGAGGUUCGGCCCUUUUCGGCUGCUUCCCGAGACGGGUUGCUAGCCGGUGAUGUUAUUCUUUCGGUUAAUGAUGUUGAGUUGCCUAAAAGUAUCCCGAAUUCAGUUUCACAAGUUGUUGAUGUCAUCAAGAAAAAUCCUAAAUCGACGGUGUUGUUUAAGGUAGAUAGAGGGGGGAAAGAUUUUUUAGUCAAGGUUACCCCAGAUAAGAAUCUUGAUGGUAGUGGUCGAAUCGGGGUUCAAUUAGCCCCAAAUGUUAAAAUUUUGAAAGAAAAACCGAAAGAUGUUUUAGAAGCUUUUAGUUUCACAGGGCGUGAAUUUUGGGGUUUGACGUUUAAUGUUGUGGAUAGUUUGAAGCAGACUUUUCUUAACUUUUCACAAUCUGCAAGCAAGGUUUCGGGUCCUGUUGCUAUUAUAGCUGUAGGUGCAGAAGUUGCAAAGUCGAAUAUCGAUGGAUUGUAUCAGUUUGCAGCCAUUUUGAAUCUUAAUCUUGCGGUGAUUAAUCUUCUUCCUUUGCCUGCUUUAGAUGGGGGUUCUUUGGCGUUAAUCCUUGUUGAGGCGAUAAGAGGUGGGCGAAAGCUCCCGUUAGAAGUAGAGCAAGGGAUAAUGUCAUCUGGGAUUACACUUGUUUUCGGUCUUGGUCUUUUCCUUAUUAUUCGGGACACACUAAAUUUGGACUUUAUUAAGGAUUUGUUGUAAUUCAUUUCGAGAAUGAUUCAGCUAUGUGAUCGAUUUGGGAAUCUUCAUCAGCAAUAGUACAAACUCCUUAUGCUGCUCGAUAUGAGUCCAAUCAAAUCAGGUACCACUUUGGUCCGCACUUGUACUAUUUGUGUUGUAUCAAUUCGCAUGUUCCUUCAAUUUGGUUUGUUUUAUACAUUCCUUGUUCAUAACUUGAAAUUCAUUAUACUAGAAUUGGAGAUAGAACAAGAUACCUCACAAAGUUUAAUUCAUGUUUAUACUCGUAUUACAUAACCAAA